UUUUUACUUAUCAAAAUUUAGGCCGGUACUGUCCUAAGAAUGGAGGCGCUGUGGCGUAACGGUAAGCGCGUUGAACUCCGGAUCGAGCGGUUCGGGUUCGAGCCCUGGUCGGGGUCAUUGCGUUCUGCUCUUCAACAAGACAUUUUACUCUCACGGGGCCGCCCUCCACCCAGGGGUAUAAAUGGGGUACCGAAAAAUUUUACGUUGGGUUUUAACCCUUCUAUGGACUAGCAUCUCACCCGGGGGCGUGGGGGGACUUGAAAUAUUGCCUAUUGCUUCCUGCUAACUGGUAUGAAUUUUACCUUCAAACAGAAACGAGGAGUUGAUGACACAGAGAAACUUCCAUACUAUCCUUACCGAGAUGACGGAAAGCUCUUGUAUCACAAACUCAACGAGUUUGCUGACGCUUUCAUUGAUGCGUAUUAUGAAGAUGACGAAGAGGUCGUAGCCGAUAACGAGUUGCAAGAGUUAGUUAAUGAACUGUCAGCUGAUGGUAAACAGGGAGACUUUGGGGGACUGGGCAUGGUGAAGAAAUUCCCAGCCACCAUAGAAACGAAAGCCUCUUUAAGCAAGGUGCUGACCACUCUACUGUGGGCGUUCACUGGUCAGCACGCUGCCACUACUUACCCUAUCUUGGAAUAUGGAGGCUUUGUACCUAAUGCACCACACAGGCUGUUUGCUGACAGUAAUGGCACUGCCACCUUCUCUAAUUUGAUGUUCGGAAACAAGGCUGUAGCACUGGUAAGGCGGUAA